CGAUGGCACCAGCCGGAGGUCUCGGGGCCAGGAAGGGCAUUUUGGAGCGUCUGGAUGCUGGGGAGGUUGUGGUUGGGGAUGGCAGCUUUCUCAUCACUCUGGAAAAGAGAGGCUACGUGAAGGCAGGGCUCUGGACUCCAGAGGCUGUGAUAGAGCAUCCAAGCGCAGUUCGCCAGCUUCACAUGGAAUUCUUGAGAGCGGGUGCAAAUGUCAUGCAGACUUUCACCUUUUCUGCCAGUGAGGACAAUAUGGAGAGCAAGUGGGAAGAUGUAAAUGCUGCUGCCUGUGACCUUGCCAGGGAAGUGGCUGUCAAAGGAGAUGCUUUGGUGGCAGGAGGGAUCUGCCAGACGUCAAUAUAUAAAUACCACAAGGAUGAAGCUAGAAUUAAAAAACUCUUCCGACUACAGCUAGAGGUGUUUGCCAGGGAAAACGUGGACUUUCUUAUUGCAGAGUAUUUUGAGCAUGUGGAAGAAGCUGUGUGGGCCGUGGAAGUCUUAAAAGAAUUUGGGAAGCCUGUGGCAGUGACCAUGUGCAUAGGCCCGGAGGGGGACAUGCACGACGUGACACCCGGAGAGUGUGCUGUGAAGCUGGUGGAGGCAGGGGCUGACAUCGUUGGCGUGAACUGCCGAUUCGGGCCCUGGACCAGCUUGCAGACGAUGAAGCUCAUGAAGGAGGGCCUCAUGGCUGCAGGGUUGCAAGCCCACCUCAUGGUGCAGGCCCUAGGCUUCCACACGCCUGACUGUGGCAAAGGAGGCUUUGUGGAUCUUCCAGAAUAUCCCUUUGGACUGGAGCCCAGAGUUGCUACCAGAUGGGAUAUUCAAAAAUACGCCCGAGAGGCCUACAACCUGGGGGUCAGGUACAUUGGCGGGUGCUGUGGAUUUGAGCCUUACCACAUCAGGGCAAUUGCAGAGGAGCUGGCCCCAGAACGGGGGUUUUUGCCACCAGCAUCAGAAAAACAUGGCAGCUGGGGAAGUGGUUUGGACAUGCACACCAAACCCUGGAUUAGAGCAAGGGCUAGAAGAGAAUACUGGGAGAAUCUGCUGCCAGCUUCAGGCCGACCCCUGUGUCCUUCGCUGUCAAAGCCAGACGUGUAA